UAGUACUAAUAUUGACAUACAUUUGCUAGUUAGGGAGUUGGGCUCAGUCAUUCAGACCAACAACCCUUCGGGCCUUCCUAAACCGGUCACAUACAGCCCAAACUCCAAAGGCCUUUCAGACUUCACGCUCUUCGCUCUUCAGUUGUCGUCGCCGACCAGGAGCUUGAGGAAAUGAAUAUGGAAGGGAGAGGACAUGAAAUUGAAAAUUAUAGCACCUUUUGAUUGAUAAGAAUUGUUAUUACGACAACGACAACAACAUAACCAGUGUAAUCCCACAAGUGGGGUCUUGGAAGACAGACAGACAGACAGACAGACAAAGGAGAAAGCUCCUCAAUGGCGGCCAAUUCGAGAAGCCUCAUUUCUCAUCUACGUCUCCUCUUCUCAUCCACAGUUAAAGAAACCCAAUUCAGAACUUUCAGUAGCCAAGUGGAGGAAUUAAGGACUCGGAUUAUCGAAGGAAAACCAGGAAUGAUGACUCCAAACUCCAAAAGGACAGGAGCAAUAGCCAUCAAAUGUGGAAUGACAGCUAUUUGGGACAAAUGGGGGGAACGUGUUCCCAUUACCAUCCUUUGGUUAGAUGAUAACAUUGUUUCUCAGGUCAAAACUCCCGAGAAAGAAGGCAUUUCCGCCCUGCAGAUCGGAUGUGCUCACAAAAAGGAGAAGCAUUUGACAAAACCUGAAGUAGGUCAUUUUAGGGCACAAGGUGUGCCCAUGAAGAGAAAGCUGAAGGAAUUUCCUGUUACUGAAGAUGCCCUUCUUCCUGUUGGAACGAGCAUCAGUGUCCGCCAUUUCGCUCCAGGCCAGUAUGUGGAUGUUGCUGGAAUUACAAGAGGGAAAGGUUUUCAGGGUGGGAUGAAAAGAUGGGGGUUUAGCGGUAUGCCUGCAUCACAUGGUGCUUCAUUAUCUCACAGAAGUAUUGGUUCUACAGGUCAAAGAGAUGCGCCAGGAAAGGUAUUUAAAGGGAAAAAGAUGCCUGGGCGCAUGGGUGGAGUGCAACGAACUGUUAAAAAUGUUUGGGUCUACAAGAUUGAUCCUGCCAGAAACUUGAUGUGGGUCAAAGGCCAGGUUCCAGGAGCUGAAGGUAACUUUGUGUUCAUCAAAGAUUCUGUGUACAAUAAACCAGAUAUUUCAAUGCUUCCAUUUCCCACUUACUUUGCCCCAGAAGAUGAAGAUCAAGCAAAUUUGGAACCGUUAGUGGCUGAUCUUGGUGAUACAGACCCGUUUAUGGCUGCUGAUUAGUUGUAGGCAACUUAGUUGUGGACAAUGGUGUUUCUUUUGUCUUUACCUUAUAUUUUCUUUUACAAGAGGCAGUGACGUGGUUUUGCGUAGGCAGGGGUUUAUCUAGAAGGAAUUUGAUGGCAUUCAAGUAGAAAUAAUUUUGAGUUGUACUACAAAAUUCAGCUAAUUGUUGUUGGAUAGGGUGAAAUGUUGAUAUAGCAUGAUUAUAGACCUCAUCCAGGGAAGUUGUACAGGCACAAACUGAUUAUGGUGUUGCUGGAUGACUAGAGCUAAUAAAAGAAAUGUGAAAGGAGAAUUAUAGACGAUAA